AGCCGUCAGUGCCACAAUCCCAUACCCUGGGGGACAGGCACUGCAGGAAUCUCAUCAGUCCCAGUAAAAAGCUCUUAAGAUGGGCCAUAGAUCCUAGGAGACUCCCAGGCCAACCUCCACAAACAGGCCUCGGAUAUAGAAAACACUUUUAGAAUGGAUUGUUUUAUUUGAUCUUAUUUAGUUUGAUUUCUCUCAGGAGCAAACAUUCGUAAACACUGAGACCUGCCUUUCGUUUUUUAUAUCGGUCGCUCUUAAUCGACUGACGGGUUCAAAAUGGCAGUCAACAUGACUCCUAUCCGGGACACAAAAUGGCUGACCCUGGAGGUGUGUCGUGAGUUCCAGAGAGGGACGUGCUCUCGACCGGACAGCGAGUGUAAGUUCGCACACCCUGCCAAGAGCUGCCAGGUGGAGAAUGGACGAAUCAUCGCCUGCUUUGACUCCCUCAAGGGUCGUUGUUCCAGGGACAACUGUAAGUACCUACACCCUCCUCCCCACCUGAAGACCCAGCUGGAGAUCAACGGCAGGAACAACCUGAUACAACAGAAGAACAUGGCCAUGCUGGCACAGCAGAUGCAGCUGGCCAAUGCCAUGAUGCCCGGCACACAGCUACAGCCGGUCCCCAUGUUCUCUGUGACACCCAGCCUUGCCUCCAAUGCCAGUCCUGCUGCGGUGGCCGCUGCGUUUAACCCCUACCUGGGCCCGGUGUCACCCGGCCUGAUGCCUUCUGAGAUCAUGUCCAGCUCCCCGGUCCUGGUGACCAGUAACCCCAACGUCUCCAUGCCCUCUGCUGCUGCUGCCGCACAGAAACUCAUGAGGACAGAUAGACUGGAGGUGUGUCGGGAGUACCAGAGAGGUAACUGUACGCGGGGGGAGAAUGACUGUCGCUUCGCCCACCCCUCAGACAGCACUAUGAUAGACACCAACGACAACACCGUGACCGUGUGUAUGGACUACAUAAAGGGUCGCUGCUCCAGGGAGAAGUGUAAAUACUUCCACCCUCCAGCCCACCUGCAGGCCAAGAUAAAGGCUGGCCAACACCAGGUCAACCAGUCUGCUGCCGCAGUAGCCAUGGGGCUCCCACCUUUACCUCCAUUACCAAAGAGACCCACAGUUGAAAAAUCCAAUGGUGCCACCGCCAUGUUCAACGCCGCUGGCACGUUCCAGUACCAACAGGCCCUGGCCAACAUGUUCCAGUACCAACAGGCCUUGGCCAACAUGUUCCAGUACCAACAGCAGCAGUUCAUCCCGUCUGUACCCAUGAUGCACGGUGCCACGCCCGCCACUGUGUCUGCAGCCACCUCCUCUGCCACAAGCGUUCCCUUUGCAAACGCAACAGCCAAUCAGGUUUGCUCCUCUUCUGCUUCCUCUCUCUCGCUCCACUUCCUGUGAUGGAAGUAAGCCACUUCCGGGGUGGUGUUUUGAGAGUACUCUUCUAUAGACAGUAUCCACCAUAUUUUUUGGUACUUAUGACCACUCAUUGAAUGGUUAUGAAUGGCCAUUAGAAGAGGAGGAUGGAUGCCUGGUGAUUGAUUCCACCUCUAACUAUUCCCCUGAGGCGUUUAAAGACACUGACCAACAUUCAGGAAAAUGACGACAUCGUUUCCUCCUCAGUGAUCAGUGAUGUUUUAUUUGUAAUGGAUAUUCGCCGUUCGUUUAAAUACGAUUGAUUGUGUAUUCAGCGGUGUAAAGUACUAAAGUAAAAAUACUUUAAAGUACU